AUGGAUAGAUAUAUUGAUGCUAUGAAAAUAAACCGGGUAGAGGAGAAGUACACCAUAGGAGAAUGCAUGGCGGCAUUUAAUGUGUUGUGUGAUCAAUUUCCAGAUGAAGAUUUUGUUAAAAUUACAACAUUGUUUAAAGAUAAGGAUAAUCGUCCAGCCAAUUCAACUCCUAAAGAAAAACAGCAAAAGAAACAGAAAGAUGAAGCAGGUCCAGCUGAGUCAUCUCAGAAGGAAAAGCAGCAUAAGAAGAAGAAAGAGGAAGAUUCUGAUGAAUCACCACCAAAAGCAAAAGGUCGAAAAGGAGGUGGUUUCCUUGCUCCACUCCAACUUUCAGAUGCUCUAAUUAAGUUCAUUGGUACUGGAGAAAGUGCUCUAUCAAGGUCUGAUGUUGUGAAGAGAGUAUGGAACUACAUAAAAGAAAACAAGUUGCAGGUAUAAUCGGUUUU